CGAUGAAGUGAAGUUCUUCAGAUAAUGCAACAAAGAAGAACUUUAGGAUUGGUACAAGUUUCUGCUGUGCAUCUUCAAACAGGAAAUCUGAGAUUGGGAACAACUUAUAUUUUGGCUUGUAUUCGCUGAUCAUGGGGUGAUCCAGAAAUAAACUCCGGGCUUCAAAGCGAGCGUGUUUCAAAGCUGUCCUGCAGUUGAUCGAAACAUCCAGGCAAAGCAGGGAGACAAACACCACCAAGGAUUUUCUGAAUUAAGACUUAACCAAGGAGAUACCCAUUCCAACACUAUUAUUACCCUUUUAUUUCAGAACAAAAAGGAAAGCAAAGAAUAACAGAAAUGGCUGCGACGGCAGCAAACACUCAAAGACCAACGAUAGGCUGUGAGGAGUACAGUCUGUACAGCAGCCUGAGUGAAGAUGAGCUGAUAAAGAUGGCCAUCCAGAGGAGCCUGGAAGAGGACUCAGCGGCUCAGCCAGCAGCCCAGAGCCCCCAGAAGUCGCUGGUGGCCCGUGCUGGUGAGGUGGGCGCCCCAAGCCGUGCCAGCCCACACAACCCUCCCUACCGCAUCUACCCCUGGCAAAGACUGGCGGUGCAGCAGACGGGCCGUGCUCGGCCAUCCGCCUCGGGGGCAGCCUGGGGGGUCAGAAGGUCCGACAGCAGCCUGCUCGGCACAUCCCAGCCCGUAGAAACUGACCCUGUAGUGGCAGCAAUCAGGGAUGGAGAUGAAAAAGCAGUAUGCAACAUGAUGAAAUCAGGAAAAAACCUUUCUGUACCUAACAAGGAUGGCUGGAUACCCCUCCACGAAGCUGCAUACUAUGGCCAAGUGGGCUGCCUGAGCCUGUUGCAAAAAGCGUACCCAGGCACCAUCGACCAGCGCACCCUCAACGAGGAGACAGCUCUGUACCUGGCCACCAGCCGGGGCCACCUGGACUGCCUGCUCACCCUGCUGCAGGCUGGCGCUGAGCCCGACAUCUCCAACAAGGCCAGAGAAACGCCGCUCUACAAAGCUUGUGAGCGCAAGAAUGCAGAGGCUGCAAGACUGCUGGUGCAGUACAAUGCAGACACCAACCAUCGCUGCAAUCGGGGCUGGACUGCUCUCCAUGAGGCUGUCUCCCGAAAUGACCUGGAGAUCAUGGAUAUCCUUGUGAAAGGGGGUGCCAAGAUUGAGUCAGCAAACGCCUAUGGGAUCACUUCUUUAUUUGUGGCAGCUGAGAGUGGGCAGUUGGAAGCUUUGAGAUACCUUGCAAGAUGUGGUGCUGAUAUAAAUACACAAGCCAGUGAUAACGCCUCUGCUCUUUAUGAAGCCUGUAAAAAUGGACAUGUGCCUAUUGUGGAGUUUCUUUUGUCCCAAGGAGCAGAUGCUAACAAAGCCAAUAAGGAUGGCCUGUUACCUCUUCACAUAGCAGCCAAAAAAGGCAUUUGCGAGAUUGUCUCCAUGCUGAUCCCUGUGACCAGCCGCACCCGUGUCAAGCGCAGCGGCAUCAGCCCCCUGCACCUGGCGGCCGAACGCAACAACGACGACAUCUUGGAAGAGCUGAUAGAUGCUGGCUACGAGGUCAACACUGCCCUCUCUGACGAGCGCUCCUGCCUUUAUGAGGACAGACGCACCACCCCACUCUAUUUUGCUGUUUUUAACAACAAUAUCUACGCCACAGAGCUGCUGCUGCAAGCCGGAGCCAACCCCAACGUUGACCUCAUUAACCCAUUACUCAUCUCCAUCCGCCACGGCUGCCUGAAGACCAUGAAACUGCUUCUUGACCAUGGGGCAAACAUUGAUGCCUACAUAUCAAGUCACCCCACCACAUUUCCAGCUACCAUCAUGUUCUCAAUGAAGUACCUUUCUGUGCUGAAGUACCUGCUGGAUCUGGGCUGUGACGCGGGUUCCUGUUUUGAGUGUCAGUACGGAAAUGGCCCCCACCCUGCAUUAAAUUACAGGCGGGAAAGACUCAAUGAUCCUCAGGUGACCAGGGAGCCAACUGUAGUACAGUUUUGUGAAAUGGUGUCUACUCCAGAGAUAAGUCGCUGGGCGGGGCCGAUCAUCGAUGUUCUUCUGGAUUAUGUGGGUAAUGUGCAGCUCUGUUCCCGGCUCAAGGAGCACAUUGACAGCUAUGAGGACUGGGCUGUCAUUAAAGAAAAAGCAGAGCCCCCACGGCCUCUCUCCCAUCUUUGCCGCAUCAGGGUGCGGGGCCUGGUCGGGAGGAGCCGCAUCAAGCUGCUGGACACACUGCCCCUGCCAGACAGACUGAUCCGCUACCUGCAGCACGACUACUCGCAGUGACCCGGCACCGGGAGCAGCAGCGCCCGCCGCCACCAGCGUGGUGCACGCCGGGGAGGAACUGCUGCUGGCGUGGUCAAGCACCCCCCGUGACUAACCUAGAGAAAUGUGCUUUUGGGGCAUGAGGGAGGAGAAAAUGGAGGAGACAGCUAACAUGGGAGACUGAUGUUGCGUUUUUCAAGAGAAAACACACACGAUUCGCCUCAGACCUUAGUCUGCAAAGAAAAGGAAUGAAAGCAAACACUGACAAAUGAGUAGUGCUGAAGCAAGUAUCGGUGAGGAACUCAAAAGUGUCCUGAAGCUGUGGUGGAGCAUAGCAUCCUUGCCAUGGUCACAACUCAGAACUUGUACAGAAUCAACAUAUGCGGGAAAACAAUCACGUUACCUUCACUGAGUGAGAUUUGUAUUGUAGUUUUUAUUCUAUUUGGAUUUCUGCUAAGUGUGUUGGUUGCUAAUUCUCUGAUAUUUUGACACCACCUUGCUAACACUUCUACUUCAAUUUUUUUGUACCUUUCUUAUUGAGUACUUGAUUUCUGAACCUUCAAAUCUCAGAACUCUUUAAUAGACUAAAAUCCAGAAAUGCUGAAUCCUUUAAAAGUCAAGGAAAGGUUUACUUAAGAAGGAUGGAAGAAUUAUAUUUGCACAUAGUGAAUGCAGUUCAUUCUGUAUUAUAUUUGCAAUAGGAAGUAAGCGAAAUUUUGCUUGAGAGAAUUUCCUAGACUGGAGAUUUGGAAGCAAUCCUAAGCGCUUUUUGGGGGUUUUUUUUGUUUUG